CGCAAAAUUGACGCACGCACCUGAACACGGUGCGACUCACAAGCGAAAGAAAGGAAUGGUAGGCGGUGGCAGAGUGAUAGAACACAAGGCAUACGCACGAGUUGGCCUUUUAGGAAACCCAAGUGAUGUUUACUAUGGGAACACCAUCUCUUUUAGUCUUGGUAAUUUCUGGGCUUCGGUGCGCCUUGAGCCUUCGCCUGAGCUGCUCAUCUCCCCUCAUCCUACUCACGAUCUUGUUGAGUUCAAUUCCCUUCACCAUAUGGUAAACCGGUUGCAAAAUGAGGGUUAUUAUGGUGGAGUUAGGUUGCUUAUGGCAAUAUGUAAGGUGUUUUACAAUUACUGCAAACAUAAUGACAUCAGUCUCCACGAAGAAAAUUUCAGGCUCUCGUACGAUACUAACAUUCCCCGACAGACAGGUCUUUCAGGCUCUAGUGCAAUUGUAUGUGCUGCACUAAGUUGUCUCCUUGACUUUUACAAUGUUAGACAUCUGAUUAAAGUUGAGGUCAGACCAAACCUCAUCCUCAGUGCAGAAAAAGAACUUGGGAUUGUGGCUGGUUUACAGGAUAGGGUAACACAGGUCUAUGGUGGUGUGGUUUAUAUGGAUUUUGGCAAGAGGCAUAUGGAUGAAUUAGGUCAUGGAUUGUAUACACCCAUGGAUAUUAGUCUUCUUCCUCCACUGCAUCUAAUCUAUGCUGAGAAUCCCAGUGAUUCUGGAAAGGUCCACAGUUCAGUUCGCCAAAGGUGGUUAGAUGGGGAUAAGUUCAUAAUAUCUUCAAUGGAAGAGGUUGCAAAAAUAGCUGUGGAAGGGAGAAAAGCAUUGCUUGAGAAGGACUAUACUAAGAUUGCAGAGCUUAUGAACAAAAAUUUUGACCUUCGAAGGCAAAUGUUUGGGGAUGAGUGUCUAGGUUCGUUGAACAUCGAGAUGGUAGAAUUGGUUCGAAGAGCGGGUGGGGCCUCAAAGUUUACAGGGAGUGGGGGUGCUGUGGUUGCGUUCUGUCCAGGCGGGCCGUCCCAAGUGCAGCAGGUUCAGGAAGAAUGCAAGAAAUGUGGUUUUAUAAUGGAGCCCAUACAAGUCAUGCCUUCAUUCCUUAAUGACACUGAUCUUCUAACUCUGCAAUCCAAAUGAGGCCUCCCAUAUUUCUUCUUGUUAAGCUCUUUGAAUAAAUAAAUGUCUUGCACAUCAAAACAAGAUGAUGAACUUUUGAAAGACAGAUUUUGUUUAUUCUUUCUUUAUGUGUACAUGUUUGUAUGGUUUAAUAUUUCAAAUACAUGAAUUUAAGUCCAUAUUGGACAGGUUCUUCUAUGGUGAGCCUUGAUGAAAUGGUAAAGUUGUUUCUUUAAUUUGUGACUUGCUUGAUGCACUUGCAUUAAAUAUUUUGAGUCUUG